AUGCUCUCACCCAGCACAACACCCGCACGAACAAGCUAUGGCCAUCACAACACCACACAAGAUCCAAGUCAACAUGCCGGCUUUGGCAAUCACGCACGCGACGUCCUGAAUCCUGAACAACUCAAGGAAAUUGACGAUGCGUUCAGUAUGUUUGAUGUGAAUCAGGAUGAUCUACUGGAUUUCCAUGAAUGCCGCGUUGCCAUGCGUGCGUUGGGUUUCGAUGUACCGAAAUCAGAGAUCCUCAAACUCAUGCGUGAUGCGCAACCUGGCGCGAGUACAGGCGGUGGUGUGACAAAAGGCAGUGGUGGUGGUGGGUCACCGGCGCCGCUGAUUAGACGCGAACUAUUCACGCGUGUCAUGUCUGAAAAGAUGCUCAAGCGUGAUCCCAUGGAAGAGAUUCGAAGGGCAUUUGUAUUGUUUGCCGGUGGUGAGGAUCAGAAGAUUGACUUGGAUAAGCUGGCGCGUGUUGCGAGUGAGCUCAAUGAAUCCAUCGACCCGAGCGAACUGCAGGCGAUGAUUGAGGAGUUUGACUUGGACGACGAUGGCGAGAUUUCGCUGGACGAGUUCAUCGCCAUCAUGCGCGAAGACUGA